AGCCUACAUUACAAGAUGGCGUACAAACUGCGAGAAGCUCCUGAUCUUUUACAGAACGGUAAUAAAAAGAAUAUCACAGCUGAAUUUAAAAAUAAACUGAAACAAGAAAACGGAAAAGAAUUUGUUGAAUAUGUGCUUAGUGUCCUUUUCGAAUAUCCACUUUGUAUUCCAGAAGGAGAGGUGAUUGAUUGGUGUGAUAUACUGAUUGCGGAUGGAAAUAGUUUUGAAGAAUUUUCAAAAAUAGUGAAAAAAUUCGAUGAUUCACCAACUUGUGGUCUUGUGUGGACGAGUAACUUUGUAGCAUAUCGCUGUCGAACAUGUGGCAUCAGUCCUUGUAUGUCUCUUUGCGCUGAUUGUUUUAAUGCUGCUGAUCACUCAGGACAUGAUUAUAAUAUGUUUCGAAGUCAGGCAGGCGGAGCUUGUGAUUGUGGAGAUGGAACUGUAAUGCACAAGAAGGGCUUUUGUCCAAGACAUGGCCCUGGACGUCCAUCUAGAUGCCAACAAAUUCCAUCGGACUUGUUACUGUUACCACGAGUAGUUUUACCUAAGCUACUCCAGUCAAUAAUAAUCCGCAUCAGACAAAUCUCCGCAACAGCAGGGGAUGAAUAUGAGUCCCUGGACGAAUUUUCCAAUCGAUUGAUUGAAAUAGUUCAAAAGCUUUUAGAUACAGGGACAGUUCUAAGGUCCCUGAUUAGUCAAAUAUUUAUUGAUCAAGAGUUAUACAAGAAUAUUAAUAGAGGAGAUUUGACAAGUGAGAAUCAACAACAUGCAGCCAAAGCAUACCAAAACUAUCUUCAGGAAAAAAAAUCUCUCAGCAGUCUAAAGAUACCAAUGGAAUUUGCUAAUGUUGCAAAUUUAGAAGAUAAUUUAAAUCAUAUCUGCAUAUUAGAUGAACUAAUGUUUUGGAUGGUUAAAUAUGAUUUCCCCCAGAACAUUGUCACUCUUAUAUUAUCUAUUUUACCAGAUAAAGAGUAUAAAAAUGCCUUUUUACGAGCUUUCAUUAUGCACUAUUCACGAACUGCAGCCAUUUUAGAACAACCCAGGCAAAAAAAGCAUAUCGCAAAUAGAGUAGUUCAUAUAUCUGUUCAAAUUCUUAGUCCUGAAGAAUUAGCAAUGAAAUUAGUGAGAGACUGGUCUUUGUUACAUCGAAUGACUGGAGCCCUCAAUUCUAUGCUUGUUAAAACAUACGAACCGAUAUCUGAAGAUAUAACUGAACUUAAGGUAAUAAAUUGCGAUAAACCUGUGAUGAAGGAACAUUGCUUUUGGCCCAUUAUAUCUGAUUUUAUAAACGUAUUAUCCCACCGUCCUGCAGCUUUAACUUUUAUGACUGACAAUGUCUUGAUAUCCUUUUGGAUGGCUUUUGUUUCAAAGAUUCAGGCAGUGAAUAUCAAUACAAGAGAAACUAAAACCCAUGUUGAAAUAGAGCAGGAUACUUACUAUUCAGCAUACAACGCAGAGCUAGAGAUUGCCGCCAGUCCUAUGUGGUGUUUAGCAGUUCAAUGCGAUCAAAAAUCACUCGGAGCAGCGAAAAAUGUUCUACAUCAUUCUCUGGUCAAUCUAUUAAAAUGGCUGGAUGCAUUAAAAAUCAAGCCCAACACCAAGCUAAACCCCCUUAAAGUCACUUUUCAUCUACCCUUGCAUAGAUAUGUUGCCGUUUUCUUUCACACUUUGACAAAGAUUCAAGCUGAAAAAACCAAUUUAGUGCAAUUUUUAGCUGAAAAUGGUUUAAAAAUUGAUAUUAUUGAACUUUUAAUUAUCCAUCCUUUAAAUGUUCAGAUCAGCUGCGCAGAAAUCGCGACUGAUAUGUGGAAUUUGAAUGGAUUACAAAUUAAAGGUCAGGCUAUGACAUACAAACAAACGCAUUUUUGUAACUCGAUGGCAGAUCCAGAUCUUUAUUUAUUACAAUUGGCUAGUUGCUGUUUACAACCUGAUCAUAUCAUUACAAUGAUACUAGAGCGAUUUCAUGUUCUAGAACUUUUAAGCAUGGGAGAAUCAACUUCAAAUUUUCUCAAAAAGGAGCAUUAUCAGCCAAUUAUCGAGGCAGCUCUGACAUUGUUGGCUACAAUUUUGUCCAAUCGAACAAUGGUUGGUCUUAAAGAGGAGGAAAUUAUUAAAAAUGAAGUCGUAGCACUUUUAUCAAUGAACAACCGAACCUUUUCCCAAUUAGCAGAGCUAAUACCUGAAAAAUGUGGAGUGUCUACUAUGGAAACCCCAAAAAUUAAGAAACCACUAUCUGAAGUUGCUACCUUCAUACCACCAAAUCUCUCUCCUUAUGGCUUGGGUGGUCUACAUCAAGGAAAUUAUGUUCCUAGUUCAGCUACUUGGCUCAAUUUAUUUGAUCCCAUUUUUACUUGUCAUAGAUCACUGGCCAGAAGAGAUUAUCAAAAUUCAUUAAAUAGAUUCACUAAGUUUGUUAAAACAGAAAAUUUAUAUUCAUCAGUCUGUUCUCCAUGGCCUCCCUAUAGAAUGCCAUCUGUUUUGUGCUCUCUCUAUUCAAACCUUACGAAUCUUCUUCAUUGUAGAACUAUGCAUGCUCUACUCUUUGUUUUAUUAAAGCAAGGUCUUGAAGGCUGCUUAUUGGACGGAUGUUUGUCAUUAGUAAUUCAUCUAAUUUAUAUGGCUCUAAAAAUUAAGCCCGUUCGUUUGGAAUCGGCUUCUCAGUCAUCAGUGCCUCUAGAUGGAGCUUCCCAGUAUCCUCAUGAUAAAGUUCUAUGUGAAUUUAUGCCAACAGAUAAUAUCAUUCAAAACGCUCUACAUAUUGUAACUCAUGUACAAGUAGCUAAAUACUUUCCAGAUAAUGAACAAUUUGAUGGCUCUUUGGAAAAUGAGAACCCAUCUGAAACUAUAAACGCAGAGUCAUCGUCAGUCAAUAAACCUUUCGAAAAGGAAACAAUUAGCUCAGCUUCAAAUAAUUUUAAACGAACAACAACCGUUUUGGAUGUAAAUGAAUCCAUUUUAAGUUUGUUGACAAAGCUUUUCAGGAAACUUGCACCUAAUAAGACUUUUAAUGUAAAUGAUUACAACGAUAACACACCUCCAGUUGGUGAUGGAGCCUUUUUUAUUGGACGAGUAUUGAAAGAGUUCGUUGAAAACUCAGAACUCUGCAGGAAAUUUGUUCAUGAUUUUUUUUCAACAAAUGAAAGACAAAGUUAUUCGAUUGAAGAAAAGAGGAAAAAAGCUCAAGAACGUCAGAGAAAAAUUAUGGCUAAAAUGCAAAAACAACAACAACAAGUGCAAUCAAAAUUUGUAAUUAAUGAACCUGUAGAGAACAUGGACGAAGACUUUGACGGUGAUAACAAUGAGGAUCAAAGAGAAUUACACUGCACAAUUUGCAACACCAAAGGAAUACCAACUAAUUUAGAUCCAAUUUGUCUUGUUGCUGUGGUUUCUUCUAGUUCUGUCUUGGGACAUAGAGUUCCUGUACCCGGUAGUAGAAGAGUCUUACCACUUGACAAUACAAUUUCUACAAGACCACCUGAAACUUGUAAAGAAUUUUGGAAUAAAAGGAUUGAGAAAUUAAAAUUACUUUGCGAUGAAAAGUUACUUGGAGAAGCUGUUACAUUAGGCUGGAGUAAUGGAAUCAGAGUCAAAACAUGUGGGCAUUAUCUUCACAGCUCCUGUGCAGCUCGUUACCGACAGUCUUUAAGCAGGCGGGAUCAACAAAUUAAGAUUUCUGAUUUCGUAUGCCCUCUUUGCCGCCGUACAGCCAAUUGCAUUCUUCCAGUAUUGCAACCAUCAAAGUCUUAUUGUUCUGACGAAGAUUCAGAUUUUGAAAGAUCUGCAUCAAUUAACGUAACUAAAUUAGAAUCCCAACCUAACCAAAAUAGCUUACUCUUCAAAAAUGAUCCUCAAAAUCCUCAAAAUUAUUCCUCUAGAAAAUUUCCUCAUAGUACAUUCACCUCUUUCUCGUCAUGUAACUCCUACCAAUUAGCAGUUGAACCAAUAUCGUACUCGGCUGAAAAAGAGUAUCAAAAUGAAAUGAAAAACACGGUUACUGAUUGUCUUCAAAGUAAAUCUGUAAAAAACUUGAAAAUUCCUGAUUCUCAUCUCUCCAGAGCGUUCAAAAUGAUUUAUGCUCAGCUUGUUAAAUUUAUGGAUUCCUCCUACAAAAAUGACUCUUUAUUAAUUAUUACCUCAAUACUUAGACACAAUGUUGUUGCGGAUUUAGAAGAAAGGAGUAAUUCUCUCAAAAACUUUUCCAAAGAAUCGAGGAACUCCUGCUUACUUCAACUUUUGGAUGUAUUAGGGACAGUCUUUAAGGAAUGUGUACCUCACGGUUAUACUGAUCAAUUAUGGGCAAUGCUGACAGGGGGCGAGCCUUUAUCAAACUCCAGGGAGGUUCAAAGCUACCGCCAAAUUGUACCUUUAUUGAUACGUGACCCUUUUUCUGUCUUUUUUACCAUCCUUUUAAGUUUGCAAACACCCAUUACUAGGAGUGUCUAUCAUGAAUUGGUCAAGGCCGUUUUAACAUUAAAUCUCGUGCAGAGUAUGACAUCAAUCUUGAUUCAGAUGACUCCAGAUGAGCGGCAGACGUGGAAUGAUAAAACAUUUGGUAUUCUUUUUAAAACAUUUCAGGAAAGUUGUGUUUUUAAGAGCACAGAAGAAAAAUCCCAGAUAGGCUUAUCUAGUUGUAUAUGGACUCCUGGUUCAGUCUCUUCAGCUGUUGAUAGUGGAUGCGUUGAAUUUUUGAGAACAGCUGCUUAUUUGAAAUUUAUAAUUUUCUCAGAUCCUUUAUCUAUUGAAAACAAAGUCCAAGAGAUGAAAAUACUCUUGACAUAUCUGGACUUAAAAGGUGAAACUGUUCAAGAAUCUAUCAAUAAUUUAAAUGACCAAUUAGUUAUAUCCUGGUGUCAUCAAAUCAAAGGCAUAUCUAAAAUGCCUCCAAAAGACAUCAUUUUCAUGCUCAAAGCACCACCAAUAUUUUCAAGUCCAAAAUUAAUCGAAUUACCUGAGAAAUAUGAACAUUUUUUUUCUUAUCAUCAUAAGGCCAAGUGUCCAAAUUGCCAAAUUCCACCAAAGGAACCUGCUGUGUGUCUUUCAUGCGGACGGAUAGUUUGUUUUAAGGCUUCUUGUUGUAGAGAGGAUGGCGUUUACGAAGCGAUAAAACAUACAAAAGAAUGUGGCGCAGGGACAAACCUCUUUCUCCUCGUUAACUCUUCUGCCAUCUUGGUAUUGAAAAUUAAUAAAGUCGCCUCUUGGGGUAGCGUUUAUCUUGAUGAACAUGGAGAGGAGGAUAAAAACCUAAAGCGUGGGAAACCAUUAUUUCUAAGUUCUGAAAGAUACAACUUAUUGGAAAAGCAGUGGGCAACGAAUGCUUUAGAAAAUGCUUGCUUGGAGUGGUAUUAUAUGAUGGAGGAAAGAAAGGCCGAAGAAGCAGCUGUCUAUCAAAUAGACGAACAUUUUCAGCGUCUUGACUUUCCGAAAAUUAUACAUUAUAUUUCUAACGAUAUUCUUCUAUCAGAUGAGAAGCAUCAUUUAGUGACUUUCCAUGAACGUGAGGGGAAGUCCGCUCGUUUUAUUUUUGAAUUUCUGGAAACGUUAAAGAGAAGAGAGAAUUGGUACUUGGCUUUUAUUCGAGCUUUGAGAAAAGAUAAGUUAUCGGAUAUUGCCGAUGAAGUAGAAGAGAGAAAAUUUAACCUUUUUCAUAGAAAUGUUAAAACUACAAAUCAGUCAAACAACUUCAAUCUUGAAUAUAAGAGCGCUACUCACAAGUACCCAAAUAAAUUCAAAGAAUAUUAUGAUCUUCAUAACAAUGAUGAUAAUCUUAAUAUUGUGGAAGUCGAUAGCGAAGCUGAACAGCGGGAUGAAUUGAAAUUUUCUAGAAAGCCUAUUGAGCAAGAUAUUGAUAUUGAUAUUGCUAGAAAUGAGACUAAUUCAGAGAAAAUCUGUACCACUGAUGGUACUAUCGAAAUUAGUGCAGAAAAACCUAAUUAUAGUCUUUCAACGCUUGAUUCAAAUGAAGUUGUUUUUGCUGAAAAUUAUCAUGAUCAAACUAAAGUUGCUCUUUCAUUUAGGUCUUACGCUACGGAAAUGCUUGAACCAUUAUUCCAGUUUAUGUGGGAAAUUGUUUCAGCAGUAUAUAAAUAA